AUGACAACAAAUAAUACUGUCACUGCCAGUACCAGCGGUGAUUCGUUCACUGUGCUAAAUGGUUCUACGAGUAGCCAGAAUACGAAUCUAUCAUCUGUACUGUUGGAUCCAAAAUGUUCGCGAACAGAAACACAAGUCUUUUUCACCAGGCAUUGGGGUGAUUCGUUUGUACCCAAAAAUCGGAUAUCACCGGCAUUAUCCUUACCUGCUAUAUCACUAGAUCAUUUCAAGAAGUAUCUUAAAACUACUGCUAAGAAACACUAUCAGUGUUUAAAAGCAAAAUAUGAACUUCGGCGUGCAUUAGCACGACGUGAGGAUGAUACACGUAUCGAUGUUGAUGAUGUACCAACGAUUCUUCUGGAUCCGCAUUUUUCACUGGCUGAUUUGUCCACCUUUGAAGCAAUUUUCCUGGAACCUAUUCCGGGAGAAGUUGAUCGUUUGGAAGUCAAUGGUAAACCGUACACAACAAUGCUGGGAUCACAACCUUGCGGCAAUGGUACAUCACCUACGCCAAGUAUCUCGGAAGAUUCGAGGUCGCUGCAGGUGCAUGAAUCAUACGAGGCAGCAAAUGGCCGUUAUUUUAGGCCAUAUGAUACGCUACAGCAAUGCUUUGAAUUUUAUCACGAUUUGGUAGAUGCGAGGCUGAACAAUCAAUUGGUAUUGAAAUCCAAUGCAUUUUGGAAAACAGUUAUAUCAUGUGGAAGUCUAAGUGGUGAAUUGGCAGAUGCUACGGAAAGAGUUGCAGUAGUAAGGCAAAAUUUGAAGAAAGUAGAUGAAAAGUUGUACCAUCGGAUGACAAAUAUUGUAAGUAUGUAUAAAAUGCGACAACAACACGAGAGGGUACUGCAGAAAUUGCGAGACAUGGCAUGUCUUCGAGAUGCUCAGCCAACUGUUCAAAUGCUCUUAAAUCAGAAUGACUAUCCAAAAGCUUUAGAAUGUAUCGAAACGGCGCAGGAUGUCUUGAACAACGAAUUACGAGGUGUUACAUGCUUCAGGUAUCUUGGUCCACAAUUACAAGAGCUACGUAAAGUAAUCGCAAAAAUGCUUUAUGAAGAAUUUGUAACCUUGAUACAAAAAGAAAUGGGACGACCAUGUGAAACUGAAAAUGAUAUUGCUUACCAAGGAGGACACAUAAAUCCGAUUGUAAUUGGUUUGCUGCAAGUAAAAGAAUAUCGCUUUGUUCAUAUAUUACAGCAAGAAAUAGUCGUAGCUUUGAAAAAUUCGCUAAGACAGAUAAUAAAAGCACAUGUGGUACGGAAUAUGGGUGAUCAGGAGUUAACUGAGUUUGAUCCAUCACUUGGUAAUUUGAGCACCCAAAUGCGAAGGUUGAAUUUCGAUCAGUGGUUCGCGACACUGCAGCAUGUCUUGCGUGUCCUUUAUUUAAUGUGCUGUAGGGUGCAAAACAUUCAGGAAGUUAUUCUGGAUAACAUUAACCAUUUUUCGGAAGUUACUGCUGGAAGACCUAUGCAAGAUCAGGAAAUUACCGAGGAUAUCGACCCUGUACAGGAACCUAUGGAUCCAGAUAAGUUCACGUCUGCAGUUAAUGAUGUAUCAGUUCCAGUACAAACGGCUGACGAGAUUGCAAAACUGGAUACAGAUGAUGAAUUGGAAGUAGAAAUCAAACGCGUAUUGAGAAAAGAUUCGCUGGAAAUGAAAAAUAUUCCAAUUCCAUCAUCGAACAAAGAAAAAGCUAGUGUUGAAAAUAAGCAAAAUGAAAAUGUUGAAAAUCAACAAAAUGCUAGCUUUAGUAAAGUAGAACGGGGAGAUGCUUCCCAAGUAGGAAAUAAUAUUUCGGAUACGGUAAUGGCUGCAACAACUUCUUCUUUCCUCUCAGUACCAUGCAGGACAAUAAGUCAGGUAAAACUGUCAGUAGCUUACCUCACUGAACGUACAACAUACACGGCUCAAGAACGCAGUUGUCGUCUAAUAGCUGCUAGAUCAAAAGAUGGCUUCCUUGAACGGUUAUCGUUAUCCAAGUUUGAUAGUGUAAUGCGUGCUAUAGAAGAAUUUGUCUGUAAUUGCCAAGCGUUAAUUGGAAGCGAAAAAAAAAUCUCUUCGCCUUUACGCCUAUGUAUUCUUCAGCAAGGCAGUGGUUUUGUUAAGAAAUUCCACGAAGAUCGGAAAACUAAAUUGAGUAACAUUCUGGACACGGAAACUUGGCGUGUCGGCGAUGUGCCAGAGCAUUUCCAACGACUUGUUGAUUUGUGUUUGCGAACAAAUUGUUUAUCUGACGUAAAGUCGUUAGAAAUUGGAAAUUCCAAUGAAUUUAAAUCCAACUUGCUAGUCGAUGGAGAACCAUAUGUUGUUGUAGGAACAGCCUUUAUUCUCCUGCAAAUAAUGGCGCAAUAUUGUGAUGCUUUAGCUGUACUUCCAGAACAUGCUUCUGAACUUUUGAUGUGUAUAGUAGAGUUGUUAAAAAAUUACAAUAGUCGUAGUUGCCAGUUGAUUCUUGGAGCAGGCGCUUUGCAAUUGAUUGGCCUCAAGUCAAUAAGUGUCCGACAUUUAGCUCUUUCUUCGAGAUGUCUUCAAUUAAUUCUUCGAUUUGUACCAUUUGUUCGAACCGCAUUUCAAGAAAAACUUCCUGCUGACAAACAGCCUUUGCUGCGACAUGUUGAUCAAUUAGUUAGAGAUUACAAUGAUCAUGCGCAAGAAAUUGUGAACAAGUUGAUUACCGUCAUCGAUCACCACCUUGUUAUGCAGCUUCAAGCGUGGGAUGUGAAAGGCUCCAUACCAUCGCCAGCAUUCCAACAAAUGUGUCGACAGCUUGGAAAAUUCUACAACGGUCUUACCGGAAUUAUGCCAGAAAACAUGAUUAAAGAUUUGUUUUUACGAGUUCACAAGAAUUUUAAGGAUAAUCUGAAAGCUCAAUUGGAUCAAAUGAAUAUUACUCCGCACGAUUCACUCACAUAUGGAUUGGUGAGCCAAGAAUAUAUGUUCUUUACCAAAAGCUUGCAAGCCAUACCAUGUUGCUCAGAUAUAAAAGAUGAAUCAGUUCACGAAGUUCUUUUCUCCAAGAGUCAAUAUUGA